AUGGUAGCAUGUAUGAAUAAGGUGCUUCUCAUGCUUAUGGCUCCCGAAGCUACUUCCAAAAUGCGACGAACUUGUGCAGUAGAAUCAUCAAAAUUUAUCAAAUUCUCACCAAUUUCUCAAUCAUCGUCGCUCGCAUGGAUAUCUCCUCUCAAAUUCACCAAACCCGCACAACCCAAACCGGACCCUCCCCCGGCAACCGCCACCGAACCUCCGAGGAAGCGAAAGUUCAUCUCUCACGACGCCGCCAUCGACCUGAUAAAACGCGAGAAGGACCCGCAGCACGCCUUGAAGAUAUUCAACAUGGUUUCACAACAGAACGGGUUUUACCACAACAACGCUACCUACGCCACCAUUCUCGAAAAACUCGCUCGCUGCAACAAGUUUCAGGCCGUGGAUCGAGUCCUCCACCAAAUGACCUACGAAACCUGCAAAUUCCAUGAGGGUAUUUUCGUCAACCUCAUGAACCAUUUCUCCAAGUCCUCCCUUCACGACAAAGUGCUCCACGCGUUUUUCUCCAUUCAACCAAUCGUCAGGGACAAACCCUCCCCCAAAGCCCUCUCCACUUGCCUCAACCUUUUGCUCGAUUCGAACCGCGUCGAUUUGGCGCGAAAAUUGCUCUUGCAUGCCAAACGCGGUCUAACGCACAAGCCAAACGUUUGCAUAUUCAACAUCCUUGUGAAGUAUCACUGCAAGAAUGGGGAUCUUGAAUCUGCUUUUCAAGUUGUAGAGGAAAUGAGAAACUCUCAGUUUUCUUACCCUAAUUUAGUUACUUACUCGACCCUUAUGGAUGGACUCUGUCGAAAUGGAAGACUUAGAGAAGCCUUUCAACUAUUUGAGGAAAUGCUUUCCAGGGAUCACAUUGUGCCUGAUCCUCUCACUUACAAUGUUUUGAUCAAUGGAUUUUGCCGUGGAGGGAAUCCUGACCGCGCUAGAAAUUUGAUUGAGUUUAUGAAGAGUAAUGGAUGUUAUCCAAAUGUGUAUAAUUAUUCAUCAUUGGUGAAUGGUUUGUGUAAAGUCGGGAAAUUGCAAGAUGCAAAAGGGGUUUUGGCUGAGAUGAAGAACUCUGGUUUGAAACCGGAUACGGUUACGUACACUAGUUUGAUCAAUUACUUGUGUAGGAAUGGGCAUGUUGGUGAAGCUAUUGAGUUGCUUGAAGAAAUGAAGGAGAAUGGGAUUCAAGCUGACACUGUUACGUUCAAUGUGAUACUUGGGGGGUUAUGCAGAGAUGGUAGAUUUGAGGAGGCUCUGGACAUGCUUGAGAAACUUCCACAGCAGGGUGUGUAUUUGAAUAAAGGUAGUUACAGGAUUGUUUUGAAUUCCUUGACCCAAAAAUGUGAGUUGAAAAAGGCAAAGGAGUUGUUGGGGUUAAUGGUAAGUAGGGGUUUUCUGCCCCAUUAUGCUACUUCAAAUGAAUUGUUGGUUUGUCUUUGUGAGGGGGGGAUGGCCGAUGAUGCUGCCAGGGCACUAUUUGAUUUGGUGGAGAUGGGGUUUCAGCCAGCACUUGAGGCUUGGGAAGUUUUAAUUAGGUUAAUUUGCAGAGACAGGAAGUUGUUGUAUGUUUUUGAGCUGCUUGAUGAAUUGGUGGUCACAAAUACCUGA